UGGAGAGAGACAGAAGAAGAUGUACAUAGAGGACACAAGGCCCUGGAGACAAUCAGAGAUUUUGAAAGAGACUGAAAGAACAUAGUUGGCAGGAUGAGAUCCAAACUUUAACAUGUGACAAGUCUAUGUGAAGCACUUCAGAGGAAAAGCUGGGAAGCAGAACUCGUGACACAUUACUGUGGAUAUAAACACCUGAGCACAGGAGCAAAAAUGUCUCAGUCUUAUCCCUGGGUCCAACACAGUCUUCUCACCGUAUCCCUGAUCAUUGCCUGCGCAGCCAAUACAGCUAGCAUGGAGAAGUCUCAGAAACCAACGUUACAGCGUCUAUCAGACUGCCUCAUGGAGGACUACAAGAAGGGAGUGAGACCUGUGCACGACUGGAGACAAACUACCACAGUGAAGAUUGAUAUCAUGGUCUAUGCCAUUCUGGGAGUGGAUGAGAAAAACCAAGUGCUGACAACUUAUAUUUGGUACAGACAGUUCUGGAAUGAUGAGUUUCUCACCUGGGAUCCCACUAAGUUUGAAAAUGUAACCCAGAUAUCUAUCCCCACGGAAAAGAUUUGGGUCCCAGAUAUUCUCAUCAACGAAUUUGUGGAUGUUGGAAAGUCCCCAGACAUCCCCUACGUCUACGUCUACAAUGAAGGCAGAGUGCAGAACUACAAGCCAAUACAAGUGGUCACUGCUUGUAGCCUUAAUAUCUACAACUUCCCUUUUGAUCUUCAGAACUGCUCUCUUACAUUCACCAGUUGGCUUCACAAAAUUCAGGAUAUUAACAUCUCUUUAUGGAGGACACCAGAGGAGGUCAAAGAAGACAAGAGACUCUUUAUGAAUAAAGGGGAAUGGGAGCUACUGCAUGUGUUGUCUCAGUAUGGAGAGUUCUUAGAAAACGACAAUACCUUCGCUGAGAUGAAAUUUCACGUGGUUAUUAAAAGAAGACCUCUUUUCUAUGCAGUGAAUUUGCUUCUACCGAGCAUAUUUCUCAUGAUAAUGGAUAUUAUUGGAUUCUACUUGCCCCCAGAUAGUGGUGAAAGGGUUUCUUUCAAGAUCACGCUACUUCUGGGAUACUCAGUGUUUCUUAUUAUUGUAUCGGAUAUAUUACCUGCUACAGCUAUUGGAACCCCAUUGAUUGGUGUGUAUUUUGCUGUUUGUAUGGCAUUGUUGGUGAUCAGCUUGACAGAGACAAUACUUAUAGUCCGGUUAGUUCAUAAACAGGAUCUUCAAACUCAUGUCCCAGAGUGGGUAAAAAAGUUGGUCUUAGAGAAAAUCACAGUUAUACUUUGUAUCCGGAAUGAGAAAUUGACUACAGUUCGCACCCACAGCUCUGAUCUGUCCCAGCAGAUGGACAACAUGAAAUUGGCUCGAUACAACUCAGAAAAUUCCAAGGAUUACGAGAGGUCGGGGGGAGUUAUUCUGCCAACAAGAGAGAGUUCCAUAAUAGUGGACAGCAUCCUUCAUGAGAUUGCAUCUAUCCGCCAGCACCUGGAAAAGAGAGAUGAAUAUCGGGAUAUAGCCAAGGAAUGGCUGCAAGUUGGUUAUGUACUUGAUGUUCUCCUCUUCCGAGUAUAUCUUGUAGCAGUCUUGGCAUAUACUGUUACUUUGGCUACUAUGUGGUCAUAUUGGCAUAAGGCCUGAAUUUUGGUGGAUCAUGAACUAUGCAACAGUUUGGUAGGAAUAUUUUUACCAAAAGUAUUCUUGACUACAA